CAAGCCGCGAUACAAUGGCAGCUGCGCGCGACCGUAAGCAUUCGAGCUAACGUCAACCGACUGCAUAUCGCGACGCUGCGGUGCACGUGUUGCGUCUCCGGUAGUCGCGUUGGGUUCCGGUCCAGUGAUCGCGGGAAGCGGCGGCUCGUCUCCCAGCUCGCUGAUGGAGCACAUCCGACUACCGAAGGUGGAGAAGGUCAGGCUGCUUGACAGAGUCUCCCCAAGGAGAAGCAGGGUGGGAACCCUCUACCUGACGGCCACGCACACCAUCUUUGUGGAGAACGAAGCAGCGGUGCGCAGUGAAACAUGGGUGCUUCACAGCUUGGUGUGCAGCGUGGAGAAACAAGCCGCCACAGCCUCGGGAUGUUCUCUGCUCGUUCGCUGCAAGAACUUCCAGGUUCUUCACUUUGUCGUGCCUCGGGAGCGGGAGUGCCACGACGUCCACCUGUCCCUGCAGCGCCUCUCCCAGCCAGAGCGUUGCGAGGAGCUGUAUUGUUUCUCCUACAAACCCAACGUAGAUGAGGAGGAGAGGCGGCGGGAAUGGGACUUUUUGGACCUCAAGGCUGAUUACAGCAGAAUGGGACUGCCAAACUCCCUGUGGAAACUCUCCCCUGUCAACCAACACUACAAGGUGAGCGACACGUACCCGGCUGACCUGUUCGUGCCUCAGUCGGCCACGCCGCCGGUCAUAGUGGGCAGCUCCAAGUUCAGGAGCCGGGGCAGAUUUCCUACUCUAUCGUACUACUCCAAAGAAAACCAUGCCGCCAUCUGCCGCAGCAGCCAGCCGCUGUCUGGCUUCAGCGCUCGCUGCCUGGAGGAUGAACAGAUGCUUGAGGCCAUCUUGAGGUCCAAUCCCCGCAGCGACUUCAUGUACGUGGUGGACACCAGGCCGAAGCUGAAUGCAAUCGCCAACCGAGCUGCAGGAAAAGGCUACGAAAACGAGGAUAACUACUCCAACAUUAAAUUCCAGUUCAUCGGCAUCGAGAACAUCCAUGUCAUGAGAAACAGCCAGCAAAAGAUGCUGGAGGCGUGUGAGCUGCGUUCCCCCUCCAUGUCAGACUUCCUGGAAGGUCUGGAGAGCUCAGGCUGGCUGAAGCACAUCAAAGCUGUUUUGGAUGCAGCCAUCUUCAUCGCUAAGGCUGUUGCAGAGGAGGGGGUCAGUGUACUGGUUCACUGUUCAGACGGUUGGGAUCGCACUGCUCAGGUGUGUUCAGUGGCCUGCGUGCUGCUGGAUCCUCACUACCGGACCCUCAGAGGAUUCAUGGUUCUCAUAGAGAAAGACUGGAUUUCAUUUGGACACAAGUUCUCUCACAGAUGCAACCACCUGGUGGGAGACCCCAAGGAGAUGUCCCCCGUCAUCGAUCAGUUCCUGGAGUGCGCCUGGCAGAUCAUGGAGCAGUUCCCCUGUGCCUUUGAGUUCAACGCGAGGUUCCUCAUCACCAUUCACAGCCACGUCUACUCCUGCCAGUACGGCAACUUCAUUGGCAACAAUCAGCGAGAGAGGAUAGCGCUGGGAUUGCGUGAGAGGACUCACUCUCUGUGGAGCUAUCUGUGGAAGAACAAGGCCGACUACAUGAACCCUCUGUACCGACCAGACCACAGGCAGACCGAGGGGCUCCUCCGGCCCUCUACUGCACCCUACUGCUUUAAGUCUUGGAGAGGGCUGUACAACCGCUUUGACCAAGGGAUGCAUCCUCGACAGUCGGCAGAGGAUUAUCUGAGUGCCAUCCAGGAGGAGACGCAGCAGCUGGAGGAUCAGCUGGCUUCACACCAACGGAAAAUUGCUCAGCUGGAGCAGGAGGGAGGUGUCACCUGGGGAGCCGUGGCCUUUGAUAAGAGCCCCACGGCGUGGGCUCUCGGUAGUGACAUGGAGCUGGCCAACACCCCUCAGGACUACGCCGGGGGCUUCGUCACCAGCAGCCCCUGUCAGCACAAAGCGCCAGAGGGCAGCCUGCUCCUUCUGACCCACGACGGCAACAUCUCCAACGGCAGCGACCAGGAGUCGGGGAUCGCCGACGUGAGCUGUCUCUCGCCCCUCAGCGAGGACAGCGCCAGGGACCCGGACUCCGACGAGGCCGCCUACUCGGCCGCCUGAGGCAAAUGUAGCGUUUGGUGGAAGGUGUAGCAGCCACCAGACAGCCACUGUGCCGCCUAUCAGACCUUCACAUUCCACGUGUAACCCAGCUAUUCGCUUACUCCAGUGAAACGUCUUAUCUGAGAGACACUAAGUAACUUGCACUUUUGUUUUUACGUAGCUGUGGGGGACUCGGCCUGUUGUCACACACAACACGAGUUGAUUUUGUUUACUGUAGCCGACCACAUUUCCCCUCUCACUUAACCCGCCGAGGAGCAAAUCCGGAUGCUGCUUGCUUUCAUGUCUGUUGUUAAAGGCCGAGGAGACCCUUGGGAGAGUGCCCACAACUUUAUUACAACACACCAUGUUUCUGAUUUAACUUAUUUAAUCAAGAAUGACUUAUGAACAAUUCAA